GCGCCCCGUCCCGCUUCCUCUUGCUCCGUUGCCGUGGUAACUCCCAGAGAGCGUCGGCUGCUUUGUAGCAGAUUGGAGAGGAAGAUGGAGGAGAACACUGUUAGCGACGUCGACGCUGGCCGUGAGGCUGCAGGAGAAGAUGCCUUGGUGGGCAAUGUGAACAAGCUGACAGUGAGUCCAACAGGAUACUCUGGAACUCCACGAAAAGGACAUCUGGUUUUUGAUGCAUGCUUUGAAAGUGGGAACCUGGGCCGUGUUGACUACAUCAGUGAGUUUGAAUUUGAUCUCUUUAUCCGGCCUGACACCUGCAACCCCCGCUUUAGAGUCUGGUUUAACUUCACUGUGGAGAACGUCCGGGAGACACAGAGGGUCAUUUUCAAUGUGGUCAACUUCUCCAAGACAAAGAGCCUGUACAGAGAUGGCAUGUCACCUGUAGUGAAAUCUACCAGCAGGCCAAAAUGGCAGAGGCUUCCCGCCAAAAAUGUGUACUACUACCGCUGCCCUGACCACCGACGCAACUAUGUCAUGUCUUUUGCCUUUUGCUUUGACCGAGAGGACGACGUGUAUCAGUUUGCCUACUGCUACCCCUACACCUACUCAAGACUGCAGCAUUACCUGGCAAGCUUGGAGCGCCGGAACCUGCCCUACCUGCAGAGGGAACAACUGGGGCUCAGUGUGCAACAAAGGCGUCUAGACCUGUUAACCAUCACCAACUCUGACCACCUGAGUCCAGAAAGGGAGAAGAAGCUGGUCUUUCUCACUGCUCGUGUUCACCCUGGAGAGUCUCCCGCCUCCUUUGUUUGUCAAGGUGUGAUUGAUUUCCUGGUGAGCCAGCACCCCGUUGCUCAGAUCCUGAGAGAUCAUGUGAUCUUCAAGAUAGUCCCCAUGCUAAAUCCUGAUGGAGUCUACCUGGGCAAUUACAGGUGCUCUCUGAUGGGCUUCGACCUGAAUCGACACUGGCAGGAUCCCUCUCCGUGGGCCCACCCCACACUGCACGCUGUGAAACAACUCAUAGUGCAGAUGAACCAAGACCCGAGAGUCAGUUUGGAGUUCUACAUUGAUGUUCAUGCCCACUCCACUAUGCUGAACGGCUUUAUGUAUGGCAAUGUGUUUGAGGACGAGGAGCGCGUUCAGAGACAGGCUGUUUUCCCCAGACUGCUGUGCCAAAAUGCACCAGACUUCUCCUUUUCCAACACUUCCUUUAACCGUGAUGUGGUGAAGGCCGGUACCGGUAGACGUUUCCUUGGUGGUCUUCUUGACGACACAUCCUACUGCUACACUCUCGAGGUGUCCUUCUACAGUUACAUGACAGCUGGCAGCACCGCCCCUGUUCCCUACACUGAGGAGACAUACAUGAAGUUGGGCAGGAAUGUGGCUCGAACCUUCCUGGAUUACUACAAACUCAACAACCUUAUCAAGGACAACAGACCGACUCCUAUUCAAAGUUCUGGGGUGAUGUCCCAGACGGGCAAUGGUGUUGGCAGAGACACAGCAGACAGAGGAAAGGAGAAGAGCGAAAGUGUCGGGCACUAGACAGCCAGACGGACACAGACUGAGCAUGUAUAAAAUGCAGAGCACUGUGGCAGGAGGAUCCUUCACACUUCAUUGUGUUUAUAAGCUCCACAUUUCCCUGGCUAUAAAGACUUAUUUUCACAGAUUUGUAACAGUGGGAUGACUGGUAUUUGCAAGACUAAACCCAGAAGAGGCUUCCUCCUGGGUUAUAAAACAUGUACUGUUGAAUAUCAAGAGGAGACAGACUGGUUAUUCAAAUAAAUCUCCAUCCCAGGCCUUCAUUUGGCAGCUCA